AUGGCGCUCUCUCUCUGCCUCCUCGUGCCCUACCCUCAGAUCGACGCCGACGCUCCCUUCUCCUCUGCAUUGCGCCAGCUGGCGGGGUGGGGUUGGGCGGCAGGCGUGGUGGCAGCAGGAGCGCUGCUAGCCAUAGUGACUGCGGUGCUGGUGGGGCUAAUGGGUCAGGCUCGGAUCGUGCUGGUUGUGGCUCGGGCCGAGCUUCUGCCGAAGCAGUUUGCUUCGGUGUCACCUGUGACGCGCACGCCUCUCUUUGCGACAGCUGUCCUUGGUGUGAUGGCGCUACUGGUGGAUUUAGAGACGCUAGCGAGCAUGGUGUCCAUCGGCACGCUGCUCAUCUUCCUCAUGGUCGCCCUCGCCCUCCUGCUGCACCGCUACCACCCCCGCGUCACCCUGCCGGCCCCACUCGGCCCCACACCUGUCGCUGCCUGUGCUGCUGAUGGCGCUGCUGCGCAUGCAGCAGCACCAGAAGGAGCAGGAGAGGAGAUAGGCACAACAGAAUCGACAGCAGCAGGAGACGAUGGAGUGCCUUUGAUGGCAAAUGAAUUUCACUCCCGACCUUAUGAGGCCAACCCACCUGCUGUGCUGUCUCCGCGAAAACAUCAAGUGCAAGCUGCGCAGCAGCAGAACGAGAAUGGACGACCCACUGAGGGAAAGCUUAAGAGACGCCAAAGACAGAAGCAGGGCGGUGGGGAGGGCAUGGGGGUGGUGUUGAUGCAUCUGGGUGUGAUGGUGGCAGGGGCAGCAGGCGUGGCAGUGGCGUUCAGAGUGCUCCCCGGCCACACUGCACCCGCACUGCUCUCCGCCGCCCUCUGGGCUGCUGCCACCGCCUCCCUUGCCGUGCGUCCCUCUGCUCUCAGUCCAUCUGUUUGCACCACGCAUGGCACUCUAUUUCUCAUGACAGCUGUUCCCCCCCCUUUCUACCUUACCCUUCACUCCCACUCACUCCCCUUCUUCUGCCUCUCCCUACUGGUGCAGGCACGUGGUGGCUUUAAAUACUCUCUCAGAGCCCUUUUGCCUCAUCCCCUUCAAACUCUUCCUUGUCUGUUGGCCUCGUCCUACUCACUCUUCUCCCCAACAUCUCCCCCCAUUCCCCCCCAACUCUCCCCCCACUUUCCCUCUUUCCUUUCCACAUUUCCCCCUUAA